CUCCACAGUGCCUCUGACUCUCUAUCUAGUCUUUCCAGUUUGCUGGCCAGUAAGGUGGCUCGCGGUGCUCGUCUUGGUGGACGGAGGGAGCCUGGAAGCGUGAGCUGUCAAAAGGACUUGUGGACAGGGUCUGCUCCUCAGCAACAUGAACAAGAUGAAGAACUUUAAGAGGCGUUUCUCUCUAUCUGUUCCUCGCACCGAGACCAUUGAGGAGAAUGAAUUCACUGAGCAGAUCAACCAGCUCAACAUUCAGCACACUCAGGGUUUGACUCCCGACAGACUGGGUCCUCCCUCUCAUGAUGCCAGUCCCAUGAGCCCUGAACCCACCACACCAGGAGCUCAGUCUCCCUCCGAACUCCACUACAACAGCAAGGCCCAGCACAGACGUUUCUCCAUGGAGGAUGUCAGUAAGCGCAUGUCCCUGCCAAUGGACAUCCGCCUGCCUCCAGAGUUUCUGCAGAAACUGCAGCUAGAGAGUGAAAACUCACCGCUCAGCAAACCAUUCAGUCGCACGUCUCGACGCGCUUCACUGUCUGAUAUAGGCUUUGGGAAACUAGAGACAUACGUGAAGCUCGGCAAAUUGGGUGAGGGGACGUAUGCCACAGUGUUCAAAGGGCGAAGCAAAUUAACAGAGAACUUGGUGGCGUUGAAGGAGAUUCGACUGGAGCACGAGGAGGGAGCACCAUGCACGGCUAUCAGAGAGGUGUCUCUACUGAAGAACCUGAAGCAUGCCAACAUCGUCACGCUGCAUGACAUCAUCCACACGGACCGCUGCCUAACGCUGGUGUUUGAGUAUCUUGACAGUGACCUUAAACAGUACUUGGACAACUGCGGGAAUCUCAUGAGCAUGAACAACGUCAAGAUCUUUAUGUUCCAGCUGAUGCGUGGCCUGUCCUACUGCCACAAGAGGAAAAUCCUCCACAGAGACCUAAAGCCUCAGAACCUGCUCAUCAACGAUAAGGGCGAGCUCAAACUGGCUGACUUCGGUCUGGCCAGGGCCAAGUCCGUCCCCACUAAGACCUACUCCAAUGAGGUGGUCACUCUGUGGUACAGGCCCCCUGACGUGCUCCUGGGCUCUACAGAAUACUCCACACCCAUCGACAUGUGGGGAGUGGGCUGUAUCAUGUUUGAGAUGGCGACAGGUCGUCCCAUGUUUCCUGGUGCCACUGUGAAGGAGGAGCUACAUCUCGUUUUCAGACUCAUCGGCACUCCAACAGAAGACACUUGGCCUGGUAUCAGCAGUAAUGAUGAGUUUCGGUCCUACCUCUUUCCUCAGUACAGACCUCAAGCUCUCAUCAACCACGUUCCCAGGCUGGACACGGAGGGGAUUGACCUGCUGUCUGCUCUGCUGCUGUACAAUACCAGGAGCAGAAUGUCAUCCGAAGCUUCUCUGCGACACCCCUACUUCCUGACUCUGGGGGAUAACAUACACAAUUUGGCAGACACUAGCUCAGUGUUUUCCCUCAGAGAGGUGCAGCUCCAGAAGGACCCAGGCCACCGCACUUCUGUGUUUCAGCCUUUAACUCGAGGAAAGAACAGAAGACAAAGCAUCUUCUAGGUGACACACGGAUUAGGACGAGAGACACACAUUAAAGAGGAGCAGCCUUUACGGACCACAGCACUAAGGCCAUCACAGCUCCUCACAUUCACAAGCAUGCCUCAGUUACACACACGCACAUGCAAGUACACACAAACUUGUAUGUGCACUCACUCAUUUCUAUGGCAGCUGACUGUGGAGACACACAGGGUCUCUGCAAAUAACUUGCUUGAACUGCACUUGAAAUGACUGAGCUGAGACAAACACACAUUUGCAUACAUUUGCACAAUCAGCUACAAUUGUGCCAUUUCUCAGUGGCAGUAGAGACAGCAGAUAUUUAAGUAUCUUGCUGACACACACACAUUUCAAGGAAAGAACUGUCCACUAAAUAAAACUUCUUCAGAUAGGAUUAAUAUGUAUAAUUUCUGUACAUGCACACACCCGGUGUUCUGGCCAUCCACGGUAGCGACCACAUCUGGAACAUCAUCUACCUGUCAAUGUAAAGAAGUGUUGCUUGAACACCACUGGGUCAAACAAAAAGGAGAAUUGGGAUGCAAAUGGAAGUUGCUUCAGUUUUGUGUAAAAAUCUUCUGAGGUUACUUUCUUUUCAAAUAGUUUUGUCCUUAUUAUGCUUAGGCUUAUCUGUACACCAAAAGACACAAAGAUGUAGCUCAAAGGUACACUCUCUGAUUUUUGAUUUACCAUCAAAUGUUUAGAAUACAUUUGGUCUAAAUUAACUUUUAUGUUUUAUUAAUUAACUUUACAGACUUGCUUUAUGUACAUUUUUUGGUCUUUUUUAUAAAAAAAAGGGUUUCAAAGCCUUUU